CCUCAAUAAUUAACAAUUAAUACAAUUUGUGUGCCUCGAAAGAGAUGGAAAAAAGAAAAUGAGCGGGCUGUCGUAAUUUUCUCGCAUAAAGGGCAGCCUCGUUGGACCUGGACACGCAUUCAUCCUUCUCUAUCGGCGGAAGAAGAGAGCAAGACUGCCUGUGGUCGCCAACGCCAUGUUGAAGCUGUCGAGGCUGCUUCUGCACUCCUCAAGGUAUUUAGUUCCACAAUGGAACAGAGAUCCAUUGUCCCAAAAGAGUCUGUUCAGAGAAGCUACUGGUGACUUCAAAUUAUUGCGUGGCAUUACCACCCAGACUGUGAUGUCUUCUGCUAUGCAAAGUUCUGCUCGUGAUGGAAAUUCUGCAGUGAAAAUAUUUGCACCUUAUUCAAUUUACAAGGGCAAAGCUGCGCUAUCUGCUGAUCCUCGUCUUCCAACUUUUAGUAAAUUGGAAUCUGGAGGUUACAGAGUCGAACGCCGUGGUGUUAUUAUGUUGACAUUCUGGCCUGCUAUUGGUGAGCGCAAGUACGACUGGGACAAGAGGCAGGUAUUUGCUUUGUCCGCAACAGAGGUUGGAUCCUUGAUCAGUUUGGGUUCAAAAGAUUCAUGUGAAUUCUUCCAUGAUCCAUCCAUGUUAUCAAGUAAUGCAGGUCAAGUUAGAAAGAGUUUAUCAAUUAAAGCACAUGUUGAUGGGAGUGGUUACUUUAUUAGUCUGAGUGUUGUCAAUAAUAUCCUGAAAACAAAUGAUCGGUUUGUUGUUCCUGUCACUACUGCCGAAUUUGCAGUCAUGCGAACAGCUUUCACUUUUGCUUUGCCUCACAUCAUGGGUUGGGACCAAUAUACCAAUCAGCUUCCACAUGGCGCCAAUCAAAGUUCACCUAAGGCAGUUCAUGAACUUCAGAGCUCUGAGUGGGAUAGAUGAGCUUUCUGUGCAUAUUCUCUGUCUAUGGAUGGAAGGAUUGCUCGUUUUUUAAUUAAUGUUCUCACUCCUUUGGCACAAAUGAUAGUUCCUUUGCUGCCAAUUUCUCCUAGGGUUGAAUUUUAAUGAACACAUUUUAGUCACAAUGCUUCAUGUGUAGGCAUCGUCCGUGGUUGCUAUUUCUAAAAUCUAUAAAUUCCUUUUGCAGUAAUUGCACUUUGAA